ACUGGCUUCUACCAGGAUGACCUCUGCUUCAUUACUAGCUGUUGGGAAGGAAUAGCCGUCAGAAGAAGCAGGAAUAGCCGGUGGCAUGGCAAUGGCGGGUCGGCAACGUGCGCCUGAAGCAGCUUCUUCAUAUUUGCCGCCAGUGACGGCAGCGGCUUUGCUUCUAUGGGUCUUUAUUAGCUGUGCACAUGUGGAGGCAAGCGUUGAUUUUGCCAACCUGACUGCUCUUCAGAAGCAUGCUGAAUUCUUCGACCGGAAUAAGGAUGGUAUUAUUACAGCCUCAGAGCUCUUUGAAGGAUACGUUGCAAUUGGAUGCGAUGCCGAAUAUGCCAGGGUUACAGCCGCAUCCAUCAGUGCUGGUGUUGGUCCUAUAACAAGCCCUGCUGAUGCACCACUGCCUCACACAUCCAUAUACGUAGAGUAUAUCCAUAGGGCGAUGCAUGGAAGUGAUACGGGUGCAUACGACGCUGAAGGAAGGUUUGUUCCUGCAAAGUUUGAAGAAAUAUUCACGAAGCAUGCGAAGGUCAGGCCGGAUGCGUUGACGUUCGAGGAGAUUGAGGAGAUGAUUCUAGCAAAUAGAGACCCAUUAGACCCUGAAUCAUGGGCUGCGCCUGAAGGAGAAUGGGGACUAACAUACAAGCUUGCAAGUGAUAAGCAAGGCUUUCUUCACAAGGACUCUGCAAGAGGCAUAUAUGAUGGCAGUGUGUUCUACAAGCUUGAGGAACAGAGGACGUCUGCAGCAAGCGAAAUGUGAUGGAGUUCAGCAUUCAGCCAGAUGCAACCAGCAUAUAUAAUAAACACGAAAAUGUGUUAGGAAAUUACUAGACUGUUAUGUGAAUCGGGUUUUAUUGGUUGCUGGCUCCGCUCCCGCCCAGAUUACGCCAGCCUGGGCCGGUA